ACUUAAAUAAACUAAAGUUAAUUUAAUUUCCUAAUAGUCCCAAAAUAUUAUGACGGCAUCACUGAUCGCAGGUCGCGAGUGUGUGGGAGCGCUCGUUCUUGGUGGCUGCGAGUGUCAUUAGCGUAGUUGCAGCAGCAACAGCUGAGAUCACCUAGCAAGCACUCUCACUCACUCAUCCGUUCGCUCUAUCGUUCGCUCUCAGUACCGUUCGUAUUGGAUCUCGGAGGCUGAUGUUAUUUUCAGCGGCUGAAGAUUUACAGUAAAAACACGGACCCAAGCAGCAGCGCGUGCACCGCUAUACGCUCAGUUAUACGAAAUCUCCGAUUUUUGAGGGCUGCUCCGCUCCGUUCUGAUCUGUUGGCUGUUAAUUUUAGACUUGCCAAGCGGAAGCUUGCCAGAGUUUUCCAAAAUAUUCAACGGGACGGCCGCCGCGUGUGUUUUCCUGUUCGGUCAUCAUCGUCAUUGCGAAUUUCACCCAAAAAGAAGGAGGCGAAAGUGUCGUGCCGCGAAAAUGCCGAUUAACCUCUGCUCGGCACGGUCUCUACGGAGAAAAGUUGAAAACGCUGAAAAUGUGAAAAGUGAAUGAAACGCAUGUGAAUCUCGAGCGCAACGCAACAAAGCGAAUUAAAUACGGAACAAAUUAAGAAUUUAAUAAAUUAUUGAAAUGAAAAUGUGAGCAGUGAAAAUGUGAUUUCCAAAAAACAACUCAUAUAGAGAGAGAAAGAGACGCGACAACUUAGUAGUAGUGACACACAGAGAGCUUUCGAGAUACUACAUCAAAAUGCAGGCCAAUUCGAGCACCACCACAACAACCACGACCACCAAGACCAAGAAGCUGAGCAGCGGAUCGGCGGGCAACGUGAUCAGUUCCGUGGCGGUGACGAGUGCCAUCAAGACGACCACCACCACACGCAAGCCAGCGGGCUCUGGAGCGGGCGCCAGUCCCAAGUCGUCCCCCAAGUCACCUGGCUCCAGUGCGCCCGUCUCCGUCUCCGACAUCGAUUCUAAUGCGGAGAUCGCGGAGCUGUCAAAGAAGAUCAACGAGCAUGCCGACGCCAUCUAUCACACGUGGAAGAGCCGGGGUAUUCCGCCCCCGGAACUGCUGCAACUAUACACAAAUGCCGGAGGAGCCGGAGACUUGUCCGACGUGGCUUCUCCCACGGCAGAUACCGAGGGCCUCAAAAAGAUGGUCACCAGCUUCGUGAACAAGGACAAGGAGCAGCGGGGCAAAACCAAUAGCCUCAAGAAGUCCGAAAUCACAACCAAUGGCAAGGUGAAAAAGGCAUCUUCUCCUGCAACCUCCAGCUAUACAUCCGUCCCCGAACCAGCCCUGCAGUCACCCAAAAAAGUGGCCGCCAUUUCCACCAGCAAAGCCUUGCCCGAUGUCAAUCUCAACUACGACAUAAACCUGCAUCUGGACGUCAACAAUCUGUCACAGCAGCAGACGCACAACCUGCUCAAGAUCAGCGAGUUGAUCCAGCAACAGAAGGAUUCACCGGCGACGACGGCCACUGCCAAGAAGCGCCAGAGCAGCAAGGCCGCCGCCACCAACAGCAGUAAUUCCCUGGGCAGCAGCAGCAGCAGCAGCGGCAGUAGCCAGAAGCUAGCAGCUUCCGAGCAGCCCACCAAGAAGCAGAGCAAGGCCGGCAUCAAUGGCAGCAGGAGCGCGAGCGGGCCAGUGGCUGUUAGCAUAGACGUGGUGGAUGCGCCCGCCACGAGAGCGGUGACUGUAGCCAACAGCAGCAACAGCAUCGCUGUGAGUGAUAAAGGCAACGAGCCAGCGACCACAAGUCGCAAGUCAAGCAAAACCAAAGAAAACAGUGCCGAAGGCAAGCCGGCAACCAAAGAGAAGCCAACGGCAACGGCAGCAGGAGCAACUGCAGCAUCAGCAGCGAUUGUAGUCACACGCAAGUCAACAACAAGUCGUAGCGCCACUGAUAACGCAGGCCACACGGCUGCAAACGCACCAGCAACAUCGACAUCAGCAACAUCAGCAACAUCGAUGGAUGCAACGCCAGCAACAUCGGGCAGCACAACGAUGCCAACGUUGAAUAAAGUCAAACCGACGAGCGGGGCGCGGGCGGCCCUCGCCAAUGGCCAGGACAAGAUUAACCUCCUCACCCGCGGCUCCGUGGCCGAGCGCGUGCUCAUGUUUGAGAAGUGCCCGGAUGUGCGGCACUCGUUUCUGAACAUCAAGCGCCCGCAGGCGGACACUGCGCCCAAGAGUCUCCUCAAGGUCAAGCUGCACGCCACACCGCCACCGCCGCCGGAACAGAAUCUGCUUCAGAAGGAGAUCCGCUCCACGAAGAGCGUCUAUAUACCCAGGUUCUACUUUCCCCAUGGCAAGCCACAGCCAACGAUUGCCAUGGAGCGGGUAAUCCGUGGCAUUCUCUCCGCCUUCGACAGCUUUCCCAAUAACCAGGUGACCAAGGAUGAGCUGCCCCGCAUCCUUAAGAUAUGCGGCCUGCCCUUUUACUGGCGCCUGCCGGUGAUGGUCUUCUGCCAGUCGACCAGCACGGGUCUCGUGGAGCGUCAGCGGUUCGUCGAGUUCUGGAAACAAAUGAACAUAUAUUGCCAUGAGGCGGCCUCGAGAUUCGUGUACAUUCUGUCGCGUGGCCAGAGAUUCCGCUCGUACAUCGUGCCCGAGGACCUCGUGCCAAUGGUGCAGGAUGUGGUGGACACACAUCCCGGCCUGGCGUUUCUCAAGGAGGCCACCGAGUUCCAUUCCAGAUACGUGCACACAGUCAUCGCGCGCAUUUUCUAUUCGGUGAACCGCAGUUGGAGCGGCAAGAUCACAAUAUCCGAGCUGAAGCGGUCCGAUCUUCUGGAGAUGAUUAGCCUGCUGGAGGAGGAGGAGGAUAUCAACCAGAUAAUGGCCUUCUUUAGCUACGAGCACUUUUACGUGAUCUAUUGCAAGUUCUGGGAGCUGGACAAGGAUCAUGACCUUUUGAUCAGCCAGGAGGAUCUAGCGAAGCACAGUGAUCAUGCUUUGUCUACACGCAUCGUGGAGCGGAUCUUUUCCGGCUGUGUAACGCGUAGUGACAACAAAAAGGCUCCGGAGGACGAGGCUAAGAUGUCCUAUACGGACUUUGUAUGGUUCAUCCUGUCGGAGGAGGACAAGCGGACACCGACGGCCAUCGAGUACUGGUUCCGCUGCAUGGACGUCGACGGCGAUGGGGUGCUCUCUAUGUACGAGCUGGAGUACUUUUACGAGGAGCAGCAGCAGCGAAUGGAGGGCAUAGGCAUCGAAUGCCUACCCUUCGAGGACUGCCUGUGUCAAAUGCUGGACAUGAUCAAGCCGGCGAAUCGCGACUGCAUCACAUUGGGCGAUCUGAAGCGUUGCAAAAUGACGCACGUAUUCUUUGAUACCUUCUUUAACCUGGAGAAGUAUCUGGAUCAUGAACAGCGAGAUCCCUUCGCCUCACAGCGUGACGAAUAUACCUCCGAUUGGGAUCGGUUUGCGGCACAGGAAUACGAGCUGCUCAUUUCAGAGGAGAACGAUUGAGGUCCGUCAAAAGAUAUUUAUUAACUUACAAAUUUUUAUACAAAUUUAUACACUACGAAAUGAAAAAGAAACAGAAAAACAAAACAAAAACAAGGAACUACUUUUAGUCCAUAUGUGCAAUAAAUUCAGAUUAUUUAUUAUGAGUUCUGCAGA